UGAAAAUCAACAACCUCAACAACAGCAUCAAAUUCAAAAUCAACAAAUUCAAAAUCAACAAAAUCAAAAUCAACAAAAUCAACAACAUCAAAAUCAAGAUCAACAAGAUCAACAACAAAAUCCUGAUUACUUUUUUGAUUUUGUUGAAUAUGUAUUUAAACCAUCAAUUUUAAUGGGUCUUGAAAAACCUGAUCCUUCAUUAUUUGUUAUUGAAGAUGAAGAAGAAGAUGAAGACGAAGGAAACAACAGCAACAACAGCAACAACAGCAACAAAAUUGAAGGUGAUAAAAAAAAUGAAAAUCAAAAUGUUAUUAAAAAAUUAAAUAAAGCUGAAUUAAAAAAAAUCCGUCAGGAUAAAAUUAUUAAAGCAAAUGAUGAAUUGAAAAGUUUUGCAAUUAAUUCUUCAAAUGUCAACAAUUUGAAAAAGAAAGUUCAAUUUGGUAGAGUCUAUUUAGUCGAAAAUGUUGGCUCAGAAAUUAAAGUCAUGAAAGAUUUGAAUAAUGAUCAGUUCAUUCCAGAACAUAUAAUGAUUAAAAUGGAUAAUGAAAUAAUUGAAAGAAACAUCAAAUAUAGAGCAAGAUCAAGAUCUGGUAAAAAGGAUAAAGUUGAAACAUUAGGUGCUAUGAAUAAUGAAGGAACUAAACCCGUAGAUUCAGGAAGUGCAGAAUGCAAUCCAGUUGGAAAUUUAAAAUUGAAACCAGUUGAAGAAUUAAAAUUAAAACCAGCUGUAGAAUUAUAUCCAAAAAUUUCUAAUGAAAAAGAAGUGGAAAUCAUAAUAGAAUCAUCAAAAGAUUUCUUAAGAAAAGAAAAAGCUUGCAUCAAAAAAACUGCUACCGAUUGGUGGGAAAAUAAUGAAAUUGAUUCCCCUUUGACUUUGGACGAUUUAACCAAAAUUAAAAGAUGGGGAAAAUCUAAUGAUAGAAAUCUCGAUUGGAGAGAAAUUUCCUUGGUACAAACACAAGAAGUUUUAGUUGAAGAAGAAUUAUUACCAAAAAAACCAAUUCAGAAAUUGAAUAAUUAUUUAGAUUUUGGAAAAAAAUUAGAUAUUCCUUUAUGCAUUAAACCUACCAAGUGGGUACCAAUUUUAGAAACUAUAUAUGAAGAAGUUGAAGAACCUCAAAAUGAAAAUUAUAAUUCUGAAAAUACAUCAAUAAAUUUAGAAGACAGAAUUAAAGAAUCGUUUAUCAAUUUAUUCAAAGGAAAAAAUCCUGAUAUAUUUGAUAAAAAAAAAUGUCAACUAUAUUAUGAAAAAUUUUUUAAUUUAAGUAAAAACAUUGUUGCUGAUUUGGAAGGUCAAGAAGAAGAAGAUUUAUCAUCAUGUUAUAACGAAACAGAAAAAGAAGAUGAAAAUUAUUUGACAGAUGAUGAAGAAUCAGUAGAAGAUUACGAAUCUAGUUUUGAAGAAGAUGAACAUUCAUUAUUAUCAGAAGAAGAAGAUGAAAAUUAUAUGGCAGAUGAUGAAAAAUCAGUAGAAGAUUACGAAUCUAAUUUUGAAGCAGAUGAAUCUUUAUUAUUAUCAGAAGAAGAAUAUUCAGAUUCAGAAAGAGAAACUUUUCUUUUCCAACCAAUUGAAAAUGAUAUCAUCAAAGGUAUUGUCAUGAAAUGUCUUGACGAUGAAAUGAAUUUAGCUGAUGAAAUGUUCGAAAAUAAGAAUCAUUCUGAAGAAGAAAUUGAAUUGUUCAUUAAAUUAGAAAAUGAACAUGUAUCAUUAGAUGAAUCAUCAUCAUCAGAUGAAGAUGAACUAGCAAUAUGUUGUGAAUUAGAAGAUUGGAAUGUUUCGUUCGAGGAAGGAGACGAAGAAUAUGAAAAUGACUUCAUUAAAUCAGCCGAUUCACUCCAGGUUAGAAGUGUUGUUUAUAAGCCUGGUGAUGAAAUAAUUAGAAAAAUCAUACACGAUGAAUUAUUAGAAAAUAUGGAAGAUUUAAUGAAUUUCAAAACUCCUGUCAAUUUUGGGAAAUGA